AACAUCACGAAAAAUUACAACAAAAACAAAAAAAAAACUGAAUGCAAACAUAAAUUAAACGAUUUUUAGCAAAAACAAAUGAUGCUUUAAAAUGUAUGUUCAAAGAGAGCGCAAGACCACAAUCAAUUAAGGCAAUUGAAGAGAGGGCGAGAAGAGCUUUUGGAGUUGUGGCAGCAAUUAUGCAAGUUGCAAGUGCGGCAAACGCAAUACAAUAACAAACUGUACUUGCUGGUAAGUGCAACGUUUGGUGGCAACAACAAUUGGUUUCACACACACAAACACACAUGCAGACACAGACUGGUACACAAAUUUAGGAACACACCGCACAAAAUGAAUACAAAACAUUCCGAACCAUUUUAUAUAUCUGGCAGUUUGUUUGAUAACAGACGCCUAAAGCGACGUCUGGACAGAUGGUUGGAGCGACAGAGACAGCAACAACUGCAGCAGCAGCAACAACAACUGCAGCAGCAACAACUUUAUAUGACACACUUGGGGACAUUUAAAGGGAGACGACGUUGUCAUUUAAUGUUAUCACGACGUCAUGUGGCUGCCACACUGCCAGCGGAUAUAACCAUAGAUCUGCUGUCGGAUGAGGAGGAGCAGGAGCAGGAGAAGAGAGAGAAGGAGCAGCAGGAGCAGAGAAAGAGAGAGAGGCAACUAUUCAACGCACACUUACAGCUGUCUACAGUGCCGAACAUCACACUAGUGCCAGUUGAGCUGGCGCAUCACAGUGCCAACUUCAACUCCAGCAUGUUGUUAAGCUGCUCAAACUAUGGCCAAGUCACCUCCACAACAACAACAACAGCAACUGUAAAUGAUAGCAUUGUCUUGACCAGUGAUGAGGAGCAGGAUUUACAUUGUCAGUCACUGUUUAACAGGCGUUCACCGCCGCCUUUAGCGCCACUCACAUUCAGCGACUCCCUGGAGGAAGUGACUGUAUCCCUGGUGCCGCGUCAUGCAACAACUGCCAAUUGUCAGCAGCGACAGCGACGUCGGCAGCGAGGCAACAAUCACAACAACAACAACACUCCUAUAACCACAACAAAUGUAAACAAUGUGGACAGUGAAUUCAGCGAUCUAAACAGCGCUUUACCCGAUGAAACCACUGUGCACACAGUGAUUGCCAAUCGUAUCUACGAGCUGUCACUCAGUAAACUGCGAGAAGGACUCGCCUCGAGUGGUGUGCCGGAAUACGCGCAGGAUCUGUUGCCGGAGCAGCUGCAGAAGCUGUCGCCGGCAAUGCGCGCCAAGGUGGCGCCUCUGGUUGCCCCCUCGCCCCCUGCACCAAUCUCCUUGAAGCUGUCGAGUGAUUUAAGCAUAUCACUGAUCUCAGAUGACGACGACUGUUGCGAGGCUGGUGGCAAUACUGGCAGCGCCAGUGGCAACGGCAACAACUCUGCCAGCAACAACUCCGAGCUACUGCAUCCCGUUUUGGCCGCUGCCGAGGCGCAUGCUGCUGCCAAGCUGCUGAAGCAGCAGCAACCGCAGCUGUCCGUCGUACAGCACCUUCAGUAUCCGGGUCAUCAUACGCCCGUAUCCGUAGCCGUAUCCCUGCCUGUGAUGGCCGACAGAGCGCCAACCUUGCUGCCAUCCACGAGACGCCGCAAACUAGGUUAAAGCUAAAUACAACAAUCAUUCCCGAACCCGAACCAGAACCGACCUAAACAGAUACGAACCGAACUGAACCGAAGUGACCCAAUCACCUCACAGUUAGUCAGGUAAUUGCUUUGACCACGAAUCCUCAAAAAAGACACAAAUGUAGCUGAUGGAUUAUUCAAACAUUCUAUUUAAAUUUUGAUCAUACAAAUUAAUUUCAUAUCUUAUUUCUGAUAUACAUUUUUAUUUAUACAUCAUAGAAUUACUCUGUUUUCCAAUUAUAAUUCAAUCAAAUAGGAAAAUAAUUGUUAUUCUAUGAUUUCUAAAUUUUAAUUUAUUUACUACUUACCACGAAUCCCAAAAUAAGAUACAAAUAUCUGCUUGAAUGACAUAAUCAUAGAUGGAUUAUCCUUAAAUCAGGAUAAACAUUUGCUUUUUAUCAUAUACAAAUUAACUUUCCCUCUUAUUUUUGAUGUAACAAUUAAACUUCAAUUUAUAUUUGUAAAUCAUA